GCCCAUCCUGGCUGACACUUCUCUACGUUACAUCACCUGAAUCUCGCUUUCCUGUCUCGCUGCGGAUAUUACCUCCUCUCUAGCGAACUCAUUCAUUCGAAGAAAACCACGCCGAUUAGCAGCCAAGAUGAACCCUGAAUACGAUUACCUCUUCAAACUUCUCCUUAUCGGAGACUCCGGCGUUGGAAAGUCCUGCUUGCUCCUUCGAUUCGCCGAUGAUACCUAUACAGAAAGCUACAUCUCCACUAUCGGCGUGGAUUUUAAAAUCCGCACUAUUGAACUUGAUGGCAAGACUGUGAAGCUUCAGAUUUGGGACACCGCAGGCCAAGAGCGCUUCCGAACCAUUACGUCCUCUUACUACCGUGGCGCUCAUGGUAUCUGCGUUGUAUACGAUGUUACCGAUAUGGACUCUUUUAACAACGUGAAGCAGUGGCUUCAGGAGAUUGACCGCUAUGCGACUGAAGGUGUCAACAAGCUUCUCGUGGGCAACAAGAGCGAUAUGGAGGACAAAAAAGUCGUGGAAUACACUGUCGCAAAGGAAUUCGCCGAUAGUCUUGGAAUCCCAUUUUUGGAGACAUCUGCCAAGAAUGCUUCGAACGUUGAACAAGCUUUCUUAACCAUGGCUCGACAGAUCAAGGAACGCAUGGGCACUGCAACCGUGAAUAACAAGCCAACUGUGCAAGUCGGCCAGGGUCAGGGUGUCCAGUCUGGAUCUGCCGGUGGCUGCUGUUAGACGAAUCAUGACCGAAAAGCAGUAUUGCCGAACUGCCCCUUUGGCACAGGGCACAGAAGCAUCCGUGGGACCUCCAUAUUCUCUGCGAAGCUCGAUGUCUUUGUCCAUCCCUAAUCACGGUACAAACGGAUGGUGUUGACGGUUUUAAUCAGCUGGAAACGACUACGUGGGAGUGUAUCUCUUUUCUCGCUAUGCUUAGUCGGGCUCUUACUCGUUGUCUUGUACAGGAACACUUAAGGGUCAGCACCUUAUUUCUCUGCUUGCUCCCUACCCCGACACCUUGUUCCUCAUUGCUUUCAUUAUUUUUGUUCUCUGUUUGCGACUCUAAUCUGGCCUCUUUACAAUAUUCUCUUCAUGUUUCUUAGGUUGGAUUCCUUGCGCAUCUUGUCAGGCUCAGUUAUAGGGAACGCAUGAAUGACUUGUGUA